AGCCCGGGGCGCCCCACGCGGGCGCUCCCAGAGCCUCGGCGGCGGCGCCCGGCUCGGCAGUGAGCGGGGCGCGGGCCGGGGCCGGAGCCGGAGUCGCGGCCAGAGCCGCGGCAGCGCCAAGGCGCCGCGGGAGAAGGGCGGCAGUCGCCGCCGCGCCCCGCAUCGCUCUCUCCGCCGCUCGCCCCGCUGCUAUGGGGUAGGGGGCGGCGGAGGCGCGGGGGGACGUCGUCAGCCUGCGGCCGCCGGCGGAGCGCGCAGCGGCGCCCCGCGGUGCCGGGGGGCGUGAGGGGCAGCCGCGGCGGGGCUGGAGCGGGAGGCCGGGCAGCGGGGGCUGCCCCGGUGCGAGUGCGGCGGCGGCAGGCGGAGAGAUGAUCGCGGAGUUGUUGAGCAGCGCCCUGGGGCUCGCCCUGUACCUCAACACCUUGGGCGCCGACUUCUGCUACGAUGACAGUCGAGCUAUCAAGACAAACCAGGACCUCCUGCCCGAGACGCCGUGGACCCAUAUCUUCUACAAUGACUUUUGGGGGACACUGCUCACUCACAGUGGGAGCCACAAGUCCUACAGACCUCUCUGCACGCUCUCUUUCCGCAUUAACCAUGCUGUUGGAGGGAUGGACCCGUGGGGCUACCACCUGGUGAACGUCUUAUUACAUGCUGCCGUCACAGGCCUUUUCACAAACUUCUCCAGGAUCCUGUUUGGGGAUGGGUACUGGACCUUGAUAGCAGGUCUGCUGUUUGCAUCUCAUCCGAUCCACACGGAAGCCGUGGCGGGGAUUGUAGGGAGGGCAGAUAUUGGAGCCUGCCUCUUCUUUCUGCUUUCUCUGAUGUGUUACGUGAAGCACUGCUCUACCAGAGGUUCUUCACCGAGUACUUGGGGCUGGAUCUUGGGAGCGGGGCUGUGUGCAGGAUGCAGCAUGCUCUGGAAGGAGCAAGGAGUGACUGUUCUGGCCAUUUCAGCGGUGUACGAUAUCUUUGUAUUUCAUCGGCUGAAAAUGCGUCAGAUCAUUCCUGCUUUAUACAAGAGAAAGAAUUUGACCCUCUUCUUCAGCAUUGGUUUAUUGACCUUCUGGGGGACUGCACUGCUGGGUGUCCGCUUGUACUGGAUGGGCAACAAGCCCCCAAGUUUUUCCAAUUCUGACAAUCCAGCAGCUGACUCAGACAGUUUCCUCACACGUACGCUGACCUUCUUUUACCUGCCAACCAAGAACCUCUGGCUGUUGCUGUGCCCAGAUACCCUCAGCUUUGACUGGUCUAUGGACGCCGUGCCUCUUCUGAAAGCAGUCAGUGACUGGAGGAACCUACACACUGUGGCCUUCUAUGCUGGACUCAUCCUCCUCGCCUUCUUCAGCUUGAAGGGCUCCAGCGAUGAGCGAGAAUGCAAUGGGAGAGCUGUAAUGAAUGGCAAGCAGAACGCUAAUGGGCAUAGCUGCCACUCAGAGAUGGAGUACAAGACACUGGAGGUGAAGUCAAGCUUUGCAUCAAAAGAAGAGAAUGGUAUAAAAAAGCAUGAUGUACAGAGACGGCAGCUUCCUUCAACUGAGAACAUUGUUGUUCUGUCUCUGUCUUUGUUAAUAGUGCCCUUUGUUCCUGCCACAAACCUAUUUUUCUAUGUUGGCUUUGUAAUAGCAGAGCGUGUACUGUAUGUUCCUAGUAUGGGCUUCUGCCUGCUGGUUACAGUAGGUGUCAGGGCCCUUUAUGUCAAAGCCCAAAAGCGCUUUCUGAAGAACUUGGUUUUUUGUUCCACUGCUGCAUUAAUUGUUUUCUAUGGACUCAAGACUGUUGUCAGGAAUGGGGACUGGCAGAAUGAGGAGAUGCUGUAUAGGUCAGGGAUAAAAGUAAACCCUGCUAAAGCAUGGGGUAACCUUGGAAAUGUUCUCAAGAGCCAGAGCAAGAUUUCCGAAGCUGAAAGCGCCUAUAGAAAUGCCUUGUACUACCGCAGCAACAUGGCUGAUAUGCUUUAUAAUUUAGGAUUACUACUUCAGGAAAACAGCAGGUUUUCAGAGGCAUUGCAUUACUAUAAACUGGCAAUUGGUAGCAGACCCACACUAGCUUCUGCCUAUUUAAAUACUGGCAUCAUCCUGAUGAACCAAGGGAAGACAGAGGAAGCCAGGAGGACUUUCCUGAAGUGUUCAGAGAUCCCUGAUGAAAAUUUGAAAGAUCCUCAUGCUCAUAAAAGCUCUGUUACUAGCUGUCUUUAUAACUUAGGAAAACUUUUUCAUGAACAAGGACACUAUGAGGAUGCCCUUACAGUUUACAAAGAAGCAAUACAGAAAAUGCCAAGACAGUUUGCACCACAGAGCUUAUACAACAUGAUGGGAGAAGCCUAUAUGAGAAUGAGCCGGCUGCCUGAAGCAGAGCACUGGUACAUGGAGUCACUGCGAUCCAAGAGCGACCACAUCCCAGCGCAUCUCACCUAUGGAAAACUGCUGGCUCUCACGGGACGCAAGAGUGAGGCAGAAAAGUACUUCAUGAAGGCUAUUCAGCUGGAUCCCACCAAAGGAAACUGCUACAUGCAUUAUGGUCAGUUCCUCCUAGAAGAAUCCCGCCUCAUAGAAGCAGCUGAGAUGGCAAAAAAAGCAGCUGAACUUGAUAAUACAGAAUUUGAUGUUGUUUUCAAUGCAGCCCAUAUGCUCAGACAAGCCAGUCUCAAUGAAGAAGCCGAGAAGUAUUAUGAAAUGGCAGCAGGAUUAAGACCUAAUAAAAUACAAAAACGGGCCUUGUGGGGCAGGUGGAACUUCUGCUGAUUGCCUGCCUGCCCUCUGAGCUGCUCCCAGCUUCUUCUGCCCUGUGUCAGGCCUGCACAGCUUCCCACCGCCAGCACCAGCUGCUGCGAAGCCUCACAUUAUUCAAGGCUUCCUCACAAGUGUGCCAAAAUUUCCACCUCAAUGAUAUGAAUGGCUGUGGAUUCCUUCCAGCCUAGCGGUGCUCUUGGCCUCCCGAAAACGCCUCCUUUCUUUUCUCCUGGUGAAGAUGUGAGGAAUAAGAGAACUUCCCAGGAUCCAGUUCUUCCUCUAUUCCUGCUGUCUUGCUUUGUAAAGACUGAAUCAAUUGUUACAGUGUACACAGGACUUUUAGGGACUAAAAAGGGUGCUGUGGCUUCCUGAUGAGAAGGUACGGCAUGACUGAUGUGAACUGUAUUUCCAGAUAGCAUACUUUUAAUAGUUUGACUUCAGGUAGAUAGAGGGGUGGGAGGUUUAGACUUGGUUCAGCUCCACUGGGAGAGGAGGUAGUGGAACUCCUGGAGGUAAAAGAGGACGUCACUCUCUGAUCUCAAAAGCAUGAGGGAGCACUUUGUUUGUUACUGUAAUUUGGGUAGACUUUCCCUGUUGACACAAUAAAAGACUGACCCUGAGAUGUGAUAUCAGAAUUGCUGUGACAUUUGCCAGCCUGCCUAGCAGAAGGCUGACCUUGCCUAAAGGUUGUGCAAAAUAGGGAAAUUCAAGACAAUUAAUAUCAACUGAAUGAAAGCUGCCCUUUUUUUUCAGGUAGAAAGGCUCUUCAGUGUUUACACAGAAAUAGUAACACUUCUCCAUGUAAAGGGUUUACCCAUAUGUGAUCCCUCUCUGCAUCUCCUGAGCUGAAAAUGUUUUGAAAUCUAAUUUGGGCCUACAGCUCAGUUUGUUGUUGUUGUUGUUGCUUCAGCCUUUCCAGGCCCUCAUACUCAGUUCAUCCUUCUUGUCUGAGGCUAAAUGCAAGGCAGAUAUGUUAUCUCUGCCCAACUAUUUAAGGAAAACUGUGUUUAUUCUUUUGAACAAAAAGUUAUCUUUCUAUGCUUGCAAUUAUGCUUGUUCGUGGUCCUCCUAAAAAUUCUAAAGACGCAUUUAGUUUUUUUGUUUUGCAGAGUUGUCAGCUCCAAGAUGAGCUUGUAUAUAGGCUGUUGUUCUGAACCCUAAAGUAUUCCUACUUCAGCAGAGAUUAGUGCCUCCCAUCUUAAAAUAAAACAAAACAAACAAAAAAAGACGAAACAAAAACCCUGUGUAGCAUUUUCCAUCCCUAUCAUCCUCAUCAAGGGACAAAGAAAGUAUAUCAGCUAUUGGAAUGGGGGAUAUAUACCUGUAAUACUGAAGGACAAUAUCAGGAUGAGUUGUAUGAUUUGAAAAUCAAUUUGCUCAGCUGUGGAAAACACUGAAUUUCUUUUGGGAAAUACAGAAGAAUGUUUUAUAACCUUACACCAAAAAACUCUACAUGCUUUUUCUCAUACACACCAACAGCAAUGUGAAAGCAAAGACUGAAUGUGCUUUUCAGUGAUUAUGGAAUAGUUAAAUCUGGUUUUCGAUAUUUUGAUCCAUCAUCAUGUGGGGUGCAUGGAUGAAAGCUGGAAAUCCUGUCAUCACAGUUCUCAGUUUUACUUUCGAGAGAAUUAGAUUAUGGGAAGUUCAUUUUUACUCUUAUCUUCUGAUUAUACAAGCAGUUAAAUAAACAAAUGUCUGAGAUCGAUUGGCUUGCUCAGUGUAAUUUGUGAGUUUUGGAAGUAGAAUUAAAAUGCCUUUAAGUUGCUCUUUAUUUUCUGUCUAGAAUAAUCUGUUGUACAUUGAUAUCCUAAUCAAUACAUAAGUAUUUUGUCUGUGCAAGUUCAAAAUGACUGAAAUAAAAAUACAUUUUAUUUGCUUCUGCUUACACAAGUAUUGCAUUGCAGUAAUACCAUUGAUUUGUUUAGAGUUGCUUUUGUUUCUCCUGCAUGCAAGAGGUAAAUUAGGCUCUGUAGUUCCUGAUUCCGUCAAGUGAAAUUACCCAAGCAACUAUGAACUCUUCUUAAUGUAAAGUUUUUCAAACAGUAAGCUGCAUACUUAGUAACUCUCUACAAAGUAAGCCAGCCAGAAACUCCAUGAUAAGUUGGAGUGCUUUUCAUUUUUAGCUAUGAGAAUUUUUACAAAUUUCCAACAAAUAUUAAUCCUUCUAUAGUCUAGUGAUUGCCAUAGUGUAUUUUCUGAGUCACUCAUAUUCAUGAACUCUAAGGUGUAGACCUGCUUUUCGUUAAUGGGGGGAAAAAAUGUUGGAAAUGAGCAACUAUGUGUUAACUCCUCUUUUCUAAUUUAAUGAACAUUUAGAUCUUCAUUAAAUCACCAAUUACUCUUACCAAGAACUGUUGAAACAGUAAUUUGGUAUUUGAUGCUUAGCAUGUAAUUUGGGAGAAAGAAACUCUCUGAUAAUCCAUGUCAGGCAUUGGAACAGGCUGCCCAGGGAAGUGGUGGAGUCACCAUCCCUGGAAGUGUUUAAAAAGCAUUUAGACGAGUUUCUUAUGGGACAUGGUUUAGUGCUAGAGUUAGGUUAUGGUUGGAAUCAAUGAUUCUGAGGGUCUCUUCCAGCUGAAAUGAUUCUAUGUGCUAUUCACUUGGGACAUAGGUCAUACAAGGUUUUCAGUAUGUCCGGUGGAAAUCUCUUGUGCUGCUUUGAGCUGCUGUUAAAAAUCUUUUCUUUGAAAAAAAAAAAAAAAAGCCAGAACAUUUUGUUUUAUGCACCCAUUUUCCAUUGUAGACUCUGUUGUCCACAGUGUUCAAAAUGUUUAUAUGACUAAAUCUCCAAAAUGUAGAAGACUGUGUUUUCACAAAAGUCACUCAUGUUUAUUAUUAAUUCACUGGUGUUUCCUAAGAAAUUAGUCACCCCAGUAUUAAUGUAUAGGUUCUGUUUACAGUUGGACUCAAUGAUUUUAAAGGUCUUUUCCAACUUAAAUGAUUCUAUGAGUCUGUUUUCUCUCCAGGCACCUACCUAGAUACCAAACACUGUUCUUCCGAUCCCAUCACAUUAUUAUCAUCAGUGCAUAGUUCAUAAAUUCCCCAAGUAAUACGCUAAGCUAUUUUACUGUCAAGACCUUGUUUCAGAAAUUUCGUAGGACUGUGCCUUAGUUAGCUUGAAUCUUAGUGUCUUCACUUUUCUUUUUAGUUUGUUGGUUGGUUGGUUGGUUUUUUACAUGUAUUUUAAUCCUGCAAAUAUGAAGUCGUUGUCUGUAUAUAGAUAUGUCCAGUCCACCAUCAAAAUUAUUUGAGGAAAUGAGGAUGUGAGGUCAGAUUGGCCUGUCCUGUGGAGUGGUGUUUUGUUUCAUCUGGCAUCUUAGUGACUUUCAUGCAUGUCUUAGUAGACAGAAUUAAAAGAGCUGUGCAACAGUUGUGCCUGUACUCAACUAUGAUGUUCAUUAACUGAAUAUUAAAAAAAAUAGGUUUGCAAAACUAAUUAGUAGGAAGUCACAGUCUAAAUUUGUACUACUGAUUUAAAGAAAAGGGACCAUCAUGCUUUGAGAUAAUGGGAGGCGGUAGUUUGUGAUGAGGCAGUCUCUUUGUUGUAAUUGUGGAAAUGAAGAUGAUGUAUCAUGGGUAGCCCUAUGCACUUGGAGGUGAUUCACAGUCCAAGAGCAAUAUGGCAGGGGUACCCUGCUGCCUGCGUCAGUUCCUGGAGAGAGCAAGAUUGACUCUGCCUUGUAAAUGCAGCCCUUGGUGUCUACCAAAAAUAAAGUGCCAUGAAAUAUAGAACUCACAGCAGUAGAUUAGCAUUUCAGAAAUUAAACCAUCUGUUUGAACUCAAUUAGAAGAGAAUCCAGCAAGGUUUUUCCUAAUAGAGUAUUCUAGUGCUGGUUCUGGAAACAAUAGAAUGAACUUAUUAUGCAAUUAAAACUGAUAAGAAAGUGUUUUCAAUGUUCAUUAAAUAAACCCAGGAACAGUGCAUUCUCAGUAGGAUGUUUUGCAAUAAAUAACUUCCUAAUUUUCUUCCUAAGCUGUAGUUUUGAUGUAUUUCUCAGCCUGGGAAUUAUUUUUAUUUGUGGGUUGACACAUCCUAUUAGAAUUUUUUCCCCCACAAGAUUUGGAGAAUUUAUGGUUCUGUUUCACAACAUGGUUUUGAUGCAGCUGGUAUUCUCCACCCUCCUACGCCUCUAGGUGUAUCUAGGUGAUUGUAUAGAGGAAAAAUGCCCUAGAAUAAGGCUGGUUUUGGUCGGAGAUCUGUCUGAGGAGAACUGUAUGUUUGCAGACUGCUAGGAAGGGGAUGGGUGGCAGGUCUGGCUGAAGUAAUGUUCUUGGAAUUUGUCUUUAAGACUAAUUUCAGUACCAGUUGGAAUGUGUUUUUCCCUGGGACAGUCACGGUCUAGAGAUCAGCUGUCUGCUAAUGAAAAGGUGCUAUGAGGAGGAGAUGGAUAGUUUUUCAUUUCCCCCAAAAAGCAGUCCCUUUUCACUGAGGCAUUCUGAACCACUGUAUAUUGGUCAGCUCUGUAUAUUGCAUUUACAUGAUUCUACUUAUCCCAAUUAGGUUUAAUGGAGAGCAAAUAUACAUUCAAGUCUACCUACCCUUUUGAAACAUGUCUUACAUAUAACUAAUGGCUCUAUUACUGAGCUGAGGCAUUUUCACUAAUUCUUCAGGUGCUCCAGUAAAGAUUGUCUUCCUGUACAGUAAGUAACUUUAAUCUGACAUUAUGGUUUGUAACAGUGCCAGUUGCCUCAGCAUCUGGCUGCCGCAAACUCACUGAAAACAAUUACAGUGUGAAGGAAAAUAGAAAUCUUUUCCAAUAUAACAACAGUAAAAAUGAAAAUCCACAAUAAAACCCCGAAUUAAAUUCCAGAUGAAGGUUUGCUGUAUGUUUCUUAGAUUUUGUGGGGUGAAUGAUUGGCAUAUUUAUCGUGGAAUUAUUCGGUAGAGUUUUAUUGUAGCUCAGUACUUGUACUUCAUUUUUUCACAUUCUGACUACAUUGAAAUAAACUUAAAAUUAUCACUUUUUUGUAAUUUUUGAAAGAUCAAUUACAUGAUCCUUCAUUAAUUCUUUGAAAAAUCCUGUUUUAAUAGCUGCAUUGAUGGAGUUGUUCGAUCAGUUGUUCACAAAUUGGAUGUUUUACCCAUAAUAGAGGAACAAAAUGCUUUCUGAACAGAGAUUAUGGAAAUUGCACAGGAGACAAACCUUUUGAUUUGAGGGGAAAAAAUGAGCUUUAACAAAAAGAUUGUUGGUAGGUAAGACCCAAAGGUAAUUUCUGUAGGAUCCUGUGGUAUUAAUAAAAAAUAGGUGGUUUCUAUAGUGCAAAUAUAUAAUGAGAAGGCAAAGUAACCUGAACCAUUGGCUGUGGAAUGUCACAGUGAUGCCAGUGGCCCUGGAUUAUAGUUUGCUCCAGACACAGAGGACUUUUUCUGGAGCAGUUUGGAGCAAGGAACUGGUUUCAUUGAGUAAUUUUUGACACUGAAUUUCAGAGUCAGGAGUUGAACUUUGAUAUCUUGGUGCUAGUCCUGCAAAUAUUAGUUGUCCUCUUGUCCAUUCAGUAAUAGUUAAUGAAAUCUUUUUAAAAAGGAAAAUAUUAUUCACAGUGUUGCUUCAUGUGUCCAUUUCUUAAAAUCAUAUUUUGACAAAUACAGAAAGCCUCUGUUUAAUAAACAGCAGUUGUCAACACAUGAAGUAGUAUCAAGUGCAACCUUUCAGAGUAGGAUGUGUAGAUCUACCACUGAACACUUCUUGCUGUUACUGGUACUAAUUACUGACAAAGCACUGUAACCAUAUGUGUCACUGGUGAUAUGUGGUCAAUAAGGCUGACCUAAGCAGAAAGGUUGGGUUUUUUUUUGAAGUCACAACCUUGUAAAAGCCUAGUGACCAAUUACUACCCUGUGGUCUUACUAUUAGCAAUCAAAAGACCAAAUUUUAGAAGCUACAGCCUUAAAAUCUUUACGUUACAAGAAUCCAAACUAAAACCUAGCUCUUAGCUGGGAAGUUAAUAAUUUUAAUAUGCACUGUAGAUUUAAUUUUUAAAUACUAUGUAGGGAACACCUGCAGGUUACUGGCUGCCAAAAUGUAAGGCAUGAAUUCUUAUGAAUUACAUGGAGUGCUGUAUUAAGCACUUUGAAAAGGACCAAGAGUAUGUGCAUCUUUUCUCAGCUGCUCUUGUAAUCCUGUGGGUAAAACCAAAUCAAGACCAAGUGUGGGCAUAACCUUUUUGCACUAUGGAACAGGCAUGGAAGUGAUAGGAGCCGGAUGAAAACAGACAAAAGGAAAGAAAAAAAAAAUUGAUAUGUAAAUACUGUAAGAUUUUCCAUUCAGAAAUUAUUUAGAAACAAGAGUUUUUCAAGUAUUUUCAGUUGUGUCUGCUGUCAAACAAAAAUGUAGUUCCUUGAACAAUACAUCAUCACAAUACUUUUAUGUAUUUGUUGAUCUGUUGUGGAGUAAGUUUUUAGUUGCAAAAUUACCUUGGUAACAUUUCCACAUGCUGCAGUUGCGUUUUCUGACAAAUUUGAAAAUACCUUCAGAUACUAUUGAUAAACCCUGUUGUUAGGGAAAUUGUAUCAGUUCAUGUGUUAGACAUCAUUUGUACUUUCUUGACAAUAAUAUUAUUGCCAAGAGUGGAAUAAUGAUGGAUUCUGUUGUCUAGAGAAAGUAAACCAAAAGAAAAUGAGUCUGUUAAGGGGUGGAAUGAAGGCUAAAACUUACCCUAAAACAUCCUACAAUGCCUAAUAAUCUUCUAGUCUUCUCUUCAUUCCUGUUUCUGUAAUGCUCUAAUAUAAUACUUUUUCUGUGGGCUGUUUUAAUAGUGCCUCUGCAUGAUAUAAGCCUUGAACAAAUUAGCAAGAAUCUCAUUCUUUCUGCUCAGAGCAAGUAUGUCAAGUUGCAUAAUGGUUUACACAAAGUGCCUGGCGACUAUAGCUUACAACUGCAAACACCUACAUAGUUUUGGAAAACAUACAGCAAUAUCAAUGUUAAUGUAGUUCUCAAGCGUUUAAUUCAGCUGACUACACUUGUCAGCCAAAGGUGCAAAGCCUUGAUUGACACUUAACGUUCAUCUCAACAUCUGGAUUCAAAAUAUUGGAAAACUAGUGAUUUUGAGAAUCCCGUAGUUAGAACGUAAGUAAAUUUUUAAGGGCAGAAAUGAACACUUCUUCCUUCUAAAAUUUCACUAGUUGUGUACUCUACUGAAAAAAUUGAAGCUCUAAUGCACUAUUCCAUAUGCAUGUGACUAGCAUCUUGAAAAACUACACAACCUUCUCUGGGUACUGAUGAAUUUGAUCAGUAUCUGGGCAAAAAUGGACAAAAGAUGCAUUCAUUCUCAGCAGUCAUUUUUAAGUUCCAAUGGCAUUGUAUUUGACUGAAAAGAAAGAACUGUUUUUGAUGCCAGUAGUAUAUACUGCAAUUGUAUUCAUAACCUCAGAUGAUCUGUAAAUUAGAGUUUUCUCUGAAGAUCAGCCAGUUUUGAUUAUGUUAAUGUGGACAGCUAUUGCAAUCAGCCCUGCAUGUGUGCAGCUGGGUGACGUACAGUAUAUUAAUUUUUCUUUUAAUGCUUUACAUUUCUUUUAAAUUAAAAGUGGGGUUUAUAUCUAGGCACUAACACAAAGCAUUUUCUUUUUCUGGUUUCCAAGGUUUAGAAGCAAAGUGCAUAGAAAAAUACAGUAACUAAUAGAUUCAAUUUCAUUUUAAAACACCCUUGGUGUCCCACCCUUUAGUGGGACAAAAUUCUAUUACUGAAAGAUGUAGAGUAAUUUCUGUUUGUCAGUAUGACAGUACAGAUGAUAUUGCUACUCAGCAACUUUCUUACUUGCUGGGAGUACAGUCUUCCUAAUUGGCAGUGUACUCAUACAAGAGAAAAAAGUUGUUUAGUGUUUUAUACCGUAAUCAUAGCUAUGUAUUAAAAUUAGAAAAUUGCAGACAUCAGAGCACAGCUGGAUUUCUAUAAAUAAAAAUUAAGUCAUUUAAUGAUUUUUUUAAUGAAAUCCUAAAGUGCUAGGAAAAUUCAGUAAGAUUACCAUAUCCUAUACUGAUGAAAACACUUGAGCUGUAAAGCUAAGAAGUCUAAUUAGGGACACAUUGAGGACUGGAAAAUGUUUUUGGUUGGUGUUUUUGGGGGGCUUGGUUUGUUGGUUGGUUGGUUUUGUUUGUGUGUUUUUAUUUGUUUGUUUUUAUAUAACCAUAAUAUUAAAUACUCAUUUUUAUUAUGAUAAUAUGAGUAUGUUAUCUGAAAAUGUCCGUCGUGGUUUCUAUAUAAACUGAGUGUCAUUAGGGGUUCUUUAAGCAUAAAUCUAAACAUUUGAUGCGUGGGAAAAAAAAUCUAGAUACACAGAAUUUAUAAGUACAUUUCUGUGGGACUUUCUCAACUGUCGUUAUGAUCUGCAGCCUUUACCAGAUGUAAGAUGUGCUUUUGUUAACUUGCUGAUAUAUAAAACAAUAUACUCUGAAUUUAUAUGAAGGCCAAUGGUAGAUAGCUUUUCAGCAACAAAAUGUAACGUAUAUCUAUAUAUGCUUGUUUGGUUUUGAAUAACUAUGUUUUCAAAACUCCGAGCAGUCUCUGAAGGUUAAGAUGAAAAAGAUGUUGAGGAAAAAAAUCUUCACUUGCUCGAGAACAUUGAUGUUAAAAUGUCCCCUAUCGAUGUGAUAAUUUGAGAAUCAGAGUAGACUGCUUGAUGCUUCCUUACCGCGCCAAGUCUAGAACUCUUCCCUGACUCACAGCUGUGGGUUUCCUUAAUGAUGCCAAUGUCUAAAUCUACAAGCAAACUGAAUAAUUUUGUGGUAUGCUUGUGGAUGAAAACGACCUCAUCUACCACUCAUAAAUAUUAAAAAAAAAAAAGAGAGUAAGAACCCCUUCCUUCACUUUUAAUUUCUGGUCUGAAAUGCAUAUAUGCCAUAGUUUGCAAUUUUAGACAUGAUGGUCUUUAGUGUUUGAAAGCACAGAAGAUUAGAUACGUACAAUUUGCAUGUAUAUUCUCCCUUCACCAAGCAGGUCAAAUGCUUUGAAUGUCCAAAUGUAAAAUAAUAAAUUAAAAAACAAACAAACAAAAAAACCCCACACAAAACAAAACAAAACCAUGUUCUAACAUUUAUGUAGUAUCAUCAGUUGUUAAGCUGACCAGGUAUUAAUUUGUACAGUUCUUCUGCCUUCUUUACUUGAUAUAUUAACUUGGUGUAUUAUCCUAACCUGAGACUAUCACAUAAAUAGUAUUCAAGAGAAAUCUACUUUAUUUUUUGUAUUUUUUCUUUUUUUUUUUUUUCCUGGUGGGUGUGUUCACCUCCCUGGAGAUAAAUAAUUUGUUACUUUGGUGAACAAAAUAUGAAAAAAAGCACUAAAGGAAGUCUCUGUUUAGUGACACAUUAGUGAAUAAUAAUUAAGGUUGUUCUCCAUCAGCAUCACCAAUGUGGUACUCUCAAAGAUGAUCACCAAAUCCAAGGAUCCACUCCUCUCUAGAGCCUAGGCUUGUUGCUAGUUAGAUUAAUAUAGCUAUGUAUUUAGUCUUAAGGUAAUUAGUUCGGGACACAGGCUCCCUUUACAGCAGAGACGUUUAGGUCCAUUUCUGAGUAACACAGCUGUGGAAACUGUGCUCUUCUCAAUGUUAAUUCAAAUUAGUAUUUGCGAGGAGAAUGUUUUUCUCUCCAUUUCCCAUCUUCAGUAUUUAAGCUGAAAGCUGUUUUUGACACUAAAGCACACUUACCGAAAUUAUUCAUGAGCAGACUUAACAAUUUAAAUAAUGUAUUUAAGUGUCAUAGAGGAGAAGUUGCAGAGCUUUCUUCCAUUUUAAGAGUUUGCAAAGAUGCUGAUUUUGUUUUCUGACAGAGCUGAAUGAUUUGCUGUCUGGGCUGAUAACACAGGAAAUCCCUCUCAACUCUGAAUUUUAUGCUUUUUUAUUCUCUGUGAUCCAUACUGUUUUGCCAUACAUCCUGUCGUCUUGUUCCAGAAUGCUUUUUGCACCAAGCUAAUCUGUUCCUAGACGAUUUACUCUUGUCAUGCAGCUUACUGGAGAUGGGUGUCUUAGUUGUGAUUCAUGUCCUGUUUGGAACAAAAUGCCAGACACAGUAUAUGCAGACUGCAGUUCUUAAGAUAUACAAAAGCCUUAGAGCAUAGAGAAUCAAAUAGACACAUGAGUCUUUGAAAGGAAUAACUGGCACUUGGCUUAUCUGGCAACACUAGGUUACUCCUACAAAAAGAUCUACUUCCAUGUGUCAGUCUCUGCUGAAUUUACGGUGUUAUCAAUGGACUGCAUUGGAGAGUAAGACCCAGUUGGCAUCAGCCAUCUUGCUAAAUGUCCCUCUCCUGCCUCUCUUUCUACCUUCUCCCCCUACCCCUGUGCUUUAAAGUAGUAUGCUUACAUUUUGGGGAAACUGCUAGGUCAUGGUUUUACUUAAAAUUAUGAGUCUGUCACAAGCAAGUGCUACCGCUGAAAUGAUUCUGUUGUCCACAGUUACUUUUAGCGAUAAAAAAGGAGUUGUUGACAUUUUGAUUGCUUCAGAAAAUACUAUGUUGUGCUACAGCAAUAACACCAGUAAUAAAAGUUCAAGUGAAAAUUCUUGCCAUCACUGUAGAAGGAUAAAAAAGGCAUGACAGCACAUUAUCCUGUGGUCACUGAUAAGAUGAAGCAGUCCACCAUGCUUUUCUCUCAUGCUUAAGCGAGUCAUUCUACAACUAAUACUCUGCUGCUUUACAGCUCAGUCGUUGUGCCUCCUGUACCUUCAGUUAUCAAAGAGGAAUAUCUGAAUUCUUCAGCCAUAUUUAAUUAGAAGUGCUUCUUUGACUAUGGACUUUACUCAACAGGAACCCUUAAAAGAACAAGUGUCCUUAAUUGCACUGUUCUAAAACAAAAAACUUACCCUCUGUAUUUCUGAUGGGUUGGCCAUGCUGAUUACAGUAUUCAUUAAACAGUCCUGGGAUUGUUUUGAAACAUCUACAAGAUCAUGCCUGGCAGUAAUUCAUUAAGAGCAAGAUGAAUAUUGUCAACAUCUUUUCAGUGACCUUUUAAAUUGGCUAGGUGAGAAGUAACUUGCACUUGUGAUUCUACUGGGGUAAAAUUUGGUGUGAUUUUCCUUACAAGUACCCUGGCAGCAAUAAAAUGCACUUUCACCUCAGAAUCUGCUGCUCUGGCCUCUGUGGUGUUGAGCAGAGAAGGUCAUCUGUAAGCAGGGCUUUGGGGAAAACUAUUUCAGAUUUCAUUGCUUGUAUUUGGGCUGUUGUUUGUUCAUAGUUGUCUGCUCUGCAAGAGGUGGUUUUGAGCUAGGUUGAGUUUAUUUUCCCUAGGUUUCCUGUAGCAGAUACUUAGGCAUGGAUUCCAGAAAUUCUUCUAAAAUAAACAAUUUGUGCAUAAGUUACAGCAUAGAGCAGCUUGAACUGGGUGCUUCCUGAAGAGAAACCCUCAGCAGAAAAAAAAGCUUGGACAAUUAUACCUCUAAAGUCCAAGUCUUCACCCCCUGCACAUCACUCCAGGGCAACUGCAAAAUUAGAGUCUGGGGUCUCCAUGUUCUUCGUUAGAUCUCUAUAUUUUCAUCAGGCCACUGUCAAUCAAAAUCCUGACCUUCAGUUGCUAUUUUGCACCUGCAGCUGGAGAAAAUAAGUUGUUGGUAACAGCCAAAACAUCUUUUCUGUUUCUUGCCUUCUGUUAGGUGCUGUUCUGUCCCUUUACUUAUUUCCAAGGACACAGCUCCCCUGUCUUCUAACUUGAAGACUCUGAGGCCUUUCUGCUUAACGAAGCAGAAAGUUCAAAGGUUCACAGCUUGCAGAAGUUAUGCUAAGCAAACUCUGUAUAAGCAGUUUCUAAACAAGUUCUAUAAGAAACAGUAUACCAAAUAUAAUUCCCUAACAAGUGUCUGUGUAUUUUUUUCUCUAUCCUUAAGUUCUUAGGCAUAUAUAGAAGUAAACUUGUUGUCUUCUGUUUGGGACUGUUCUGACAUUUGCUAUAUAUGGAGCUAGAGAUGAUGAAUAAGAAAUAAGUUCAACUUCUCUGUCAUUAAGAUUCAUUCUAUUUGUGGGUCCAAUACUGUACUUGGUUACAUGAGUGUAAUUCCAAAAUACUACUCAGAACUUUUUGAAUUAUUUGGAGAUCCCAUAGGUCUCCUGAUUUUAGAGAAGCCUUGAAUUUAUGUUAAAAUUUUUGCAUGCCCCAAGGCUUUUCUUUGAAUUUGGUCAUACAGAGAAAGUUUGAAAGAAUUGUCAUCAACGUAAACCAAAAACACCUCAGGCAACUAAAUACAUGCCUUUUGCUAUUUUGUCAUUUAUUAACUACUCUGUUAUUCCUCCCCUGUCCUUCUCAGGAGCACCUCCCGCCACCCUUCUCCCCCUCCGCCCCCCCCCAAAAAAACCACUAAGGAAACAAGCACACCACAAUCAAAAUGCUCAUAAAGGGAAUAAUUCCCAGUAGACCAUAAAAGACAGCAUUUACAACCCAGAUAGAAAUGCCAGUCAGCUUUUUUUGAUGUAAAGCAUCUGUCUCCAAAAGGAAAUGAAGGCAGGCCUGCUUCUCCUUUCAAGCCUCUGAAGUAGUAGGUGGUGUCAUUUGUUAUACAGUGCUACAAGUCCCAUGUUAUUGCACUGGUAGCUGCCGACUGCCUUUGUUAACGUACUGAAAAGUUUUAUCAGCUGUCUUUAAUAAAAGACAAUAUAUGUGAAGAAAAACUAUAGCAAAUGUCUCUUGCUCUCUUGUCCUCAGACCGUUAUUUAUGGUUGUCAGAGGCUGAUGGCACUGAUGUAUAAUCUUACAGUCACCCAAAAUUAUUCUUUUACAAUAAACCGUUGAUUUUUGGGGUGGCUGAUACCCUACAAACUUAGAGAGCAGUCUUUCCCAAAUCUUGUGCACUCGUUCAUUUGAAACAUGGAGUUGGAAUGAACUUUCAGCACUACCUGAGAUGAAUUAUCAACUCACGUUUUCUGUGAAUACAUUUGUUUAGAACAUUAAUGGCCUAAAAAUUGGUGGGUCUCCAGGAAAUCAGGAAUGACAAGUAGAAGUUGGAACAUUUCAUGUUCAGUAAAAAGGCAUUUUAACAGUUUGUUCUUCUAGAUGUUUUUGUUGCUUGCUCUAGUGAAACGAUACAGCAAGAUAAAGACAUGGUGACAGAAGACUUUUCUUACCUAGGCAUAUAGUCUUAUAUGUAUGAUGUUCUUUAGAGUACUUGAUUAGUGUGAUACACAUACCGCGUUUUCAGGGGGGUGUGAAGGAAAUGGAGAGGACUUCUGGAAGGUGUAUGAGACAACUGUGUUGCUUCCCGCACAAUAAGUUUGUGGAUGCUGUAGAAUUACCCAUGAACACAUUUUAACGUGUGUCUUAUUUAAUAUAAGUUUUUCUGGCUUUAAAGGUUUUUAAUCCUUUUCCAUUGUAAGCUUUUUCUAAAUGCAAGCAUAUGCACAUAGUUCUAUUUCGAGUGAGAAGACAGUUCUGUGUCAAUAACUAUGCUCUUGAAAAAAGCUGUUUUAUUCAUAAACUGUAAUUAGGCAAAUAAGGAACACGAUCAGUGGGAACAGACCAUCCUACUCAUGAUUUGAGAAAAUUCUCUCAAACAAUCUUAAGUCUAAAAUAAAUUAACAACUAAAAUAUGUGGGUGUUUAGACAGCCUUCCAUAUACAGUGGAGCUGUUUUGUGAUCACCCUUCACUUACAUCACUUCAAUUAGUACACAGGACAUCUGUCAUGAAGGGGUGUAUUAUUCUAUUACAAAACAGCCUGCAACAUUGGCACUGUAAAGGUGGAGCUACGAUAAUGUGGCUGCCAAUAUGUGUUGUCCAUAGUGAACAUUACAUUCCAGGGGCUUAGUUUUUCCUUUUCUGUACAGACUAUGACUGAAGAGAAAAUUUUGGAGAGUAUUAAACUGGGAAAACUUUAUAAAAUCCAGCUGAGUUUUAGUUGUUGUUGUCUUGAUUUUUAGUAGAACAAAGUAACUAAUUUUGGGGUAGUGGAAGUAAUCUGUCAGGGUAAAGCGAGAAAAAUUAAAUCUAAAAAUAACAUCUUCAGACUACACUGCAUUAACAUUGUUUACAAUAAGGAGGGCUGAACUCAUUUUGUUUUGCUUAAUUUUGAAACUCUGGAAGCCAGUUUUUCUGAAAAUUUGAUGUGUUGCAGUUCUUUGUGACUCUUGAGUAUAUGUUAAUAGGAGCAGGAAGAAAGCUGAAAAAAUAUGAAAUAUUUGUAGGAUGUAAAACUAGAGAAGCUUCUGAACAGCAUUUCCACCAUAAAAUUUAGGAUUUGGACACAAGAAUUAUAGUUG